AUGAGCUCCACCAAGAAUCUUAUUCGCUACGGAAAGACUAAGCAGGACCGCAGCCGUGCGGAGUGGCUGCGUGUGUUCGACGUGCCAAAGAGGUGGUUCUGGCAUUUCUACGCAGUGUCUGCCUUUUGGAGUGGUUCUCUGCUCUUCUUUUAUGUCAACAGCAUCCUCCAGCAUCAUCCACUUCCAUCAUUCCUGACUUGGUUUUUGUCCGUUUUAAUUGGUGGAAAACACAGCACUGAAUCAGAACGGGAUGUCCCACAGAUGACCACGUUGCUGCUGCUCCUCAUGCUUUGGGUUCACUCUGUCAGGAGACUGCUUGAGUGCCAUUUUGUCAGUGUCUUCUCAGAUGGAGUCAUUCAUGUUGUACAGUAUAUCUUUGGCCUAUGUUUUUACAUUGUGCUUGGGCUGACAGCAUUUUCCUUUGAGCAUAUUGCACAACGAGAUAGUCGAAGAUUGUUCUCACAAGUGAACUGCUAUCACCUAGCAGGAUGUGGAGUUUUUGUUUCAGCUUCAGUGCUACAGCAUCAAUCCCUGGUCCUGCUGGCAAAUCUCCGCACUGGAAAAUCAGGAGAUGUUGUGACUAUGGCCCAUAAGAUGCCCAGGGGUGGUGUGUUUGAACUAGUAGAUGGACGGGCUAGCUGCUGGGCUCUCUUCGCUGUUGUGUCACUGCUUUUGGUCGCUGUCUCCGCUAUCCCCGAGGAAAACAAACCGGCUCAAGAUCAACUACUACAACAGAAAGUCCCAACCGUCCACCCAAUAGGCCCUGUAAGCACUGAAGAUGACACAAAGAAAGGGAACCUGGGUUUCAUCCAUGCCUUUGUGGCUUCACUCUCUGUUAUCAUCGUCUCUGAGUUGGGAGACAAGACGUUUUUCAUCGCCGCCAUCAUGGCUAUGCGUUAUAACCGCCUGACUGUGCUCACAGGGGCCAUGCUGGCUCUGGCGGUUAUGACUUGUCUGUCUGUGCUUUUUGGUUAUGCUACCACCAUCAUACCUCGAAUCUACACUUAUUAUGUGUCCACGGCUUUGUUCGCCAUCUUCGGUAUUCGGAUGCUGCGAGAGGGGCUGAAGAUGAGUCCAGACGAGGGUCAGGAGGAGCUGGAGGAGGUGCAGGCAGAGAUCAAGAAGAAGGACGAGGAGCUGCAGCGCUCGAAACUUGUGAACGGGGCUCCAGACGUUGAGGCUGGGACAACACUUCCUCAGAAAUCAUGGCACAGCAUCAUUUCACCGAUCUUCAUCCAGGCCUUCACCCUCACCUUUCUGGCAGAGUGGGGUGACCGCUCCCAGCUGACCACCAUCAUCCUUGCAGCUCGGGAGGACCCUUUUGGUGUGGCUGUUGGUGGCACAUUUGGUCACUGUUUGUGCACUGGACUGGCUGUUAUAGGAGGGAGAAUGAUUGCUCAGAAAAUCUCAGUUCGGACAGUCACCAUCAUUGGAGGAAUUGUCUUUUUGGCGUUCGCCCUCUCUGCUCUGUUCAUCAAGCCGGAUACAAGUCUCUGA